AUGUCCGACGAUGAGUUCCUCAUGGACGAUGCCGCCGACGAGGACUACGACUUCGACUACGAGUCCGACGACGCCGAGGCCGACGACGCCGACGUCGAGAACACGUACUACAACGCCAAGUCCAAGAAGCGCGACGAGCCCGAGGCGGCGCUGGCCGAGUGGCGCCGCCUCGUCGACGCCGAGAGUCCCAAGGGCGACUGGGGCUUCAAGGCGCUCAAGCAGAGCACCAAGCUCAACUUCGCGCGCGGCCGCCACGCCGACGCCCUCGUCACGUACGAGGAGCUCCUCGGCUACACGAAGAGCGCCGUGACGCGCAACUACUCCGAAAAGUCGAUCAACAACAUCCUCGACUACGUCUCGGCCGCCACGUCGGUCGAUGCGCCGGCCGCGAGCACGUCCGCCGCCACGCUCGACCUCUCCGUCAUGGAGCGCUUCUACGAGGUGACAAAGACGGCGCUCGAGAGCACCAAGAACGAGCGCCUGAGCAUCAAGACGGACCUGAAGCUGGCGCGCCUGUGGCUGGCGCGCAAGGAGUGGGGCCGCCUGGGCAAGACGCUCAAGGGCCUGCGCGCCCACUGCGAGGACGCCGCCGGCGACAGCGACGGCAGCCGCGGCACCGUGCUGCUCGAGGUGUUUGCCAUUGAGAUCCAGAUGUACGACGAGAUCAAGGACUUCCGCAAGCUCAAGGAGACGUACGACGCCACACUCAGCGUCAAGAGCGCCAUCCCGCACCCGCGCAUCAUGGGCGUGAUCCGCGAGUGUGGCGGCAAGAUGCACAUGGCCGAGAAGGAGUGGGCGCUGGCGCAGAUCGACUUCUUCCAGUCCUUUCUCUCCUACGACGAGGCCGGCAGCGCGCAGCGCAUCACCGUGCUCAAGUACCUCGUGCUUGCACACAUGCUCAUGGGCUCCGACAUCAACCCGUUCGACAGCCAGGAGACCAAGUCGUACAAGAACGACCCACAGAUCGUCGCUAUGACCAACCUGGUAGCCGCGUACCAACGGCGAGAGGUGCACGAGGCAGAGAAGAUCCUGCGCGAGAACCGUGCGACGAUCAUGGACGACCCUUUCAUCCGUGCACACAUCGACGAGGUGCUCAAGGGCCUGCGCACGCAGUACCUCAUCGACCUCGUGCGUCCCUAUACGCGCGUCGAGCUCUCCUUCCUGGCGCGGCAUCUGAACAUCCCACGCGCGGAGGUCGAGGAGCUGCUCAUGGCCUUGAUUCUCGACGGUCGCGUCUCGGGACGCAUCGACGGCGUGCGCGCGCAGCUCACUCUGCUGCCGCGCACGGGUGCAGGCGCGGGCGCAGACGCGGGCAAGACGCUCAGUGCGCGCCGGUAUGCGGCUCUGACGCGCUGGACGAACCAGGUGCAGCGGCUAGGCGACAUGCUGGAGGAGAAGCAGGCGGCGGGAGUUGGCGGAGGCGGAGUGGUGGGAGCUGCUGCGCUGGGCAUGGGAGGUGGCAUGGGAGGACGUGGCGGGCCUGUUCAGCGCGUGCGGUGAAGGAACACCCAUCCGCGCGCUUUGUCAUCUCUCUCUCUCUGUCGGGCUCGAAGGCAAUCACCAUACCACACAUCAUCAC